AUGUAUGAUAUGAUGAUGUGUGAUACAUGUACUCCGUGGCCUGAUGAUAGAAAACCUGAACUAAAAGCUUUUGAUGAUAAAAAGGAAGGUGUUAAAGGCCUUAACAAGGCCCAGCUUGUGGUUAUCGCUCAUGAUGUCGAUCCAAUUGAGUUGGUUGUAUGGCUCCCUGCUUUAUGCAAAAAGAUGGAGAUCCCCUAUUGCAUUGUGAAGGGCAAAGCACGUUUGGGAGCGAAUGAUGUUGUAUUGCCAGAGCUAUUGACAGAGUACAUGGUAGAUAUGAAAUGUGAGGGUUGUGUUAAGGCUUUCAAGAAAAUGCUACAAGUUGAUGGGGUUAAAAGUGUAUAG